CGAGGAGAGGGACGCGCGAGGCGGGCGGCGGCUCGGAGCGGCGGCCAGGCGGGGGGCUCAGGAGGCCAGGCAGGCCAGGGGGGAUCCCGAGAGCUCCAUGAAGUCCCCCCGGGGCCGCGGACGGGGCGCUGGCUUGGGGAGGCUGUCGGGGGGGCCCCGACAUUCAUGGCAAGGCGGGGGCCGCGGCGGCGUGCUCGGAGGCCGGCGGCGGCUGCCCCGAGGGACGCGGCCCUAGGCGGUGGCGAUGGGGGCCGCCCGGAUCGCACCCGGCCUGGCGCUCCUGCUCUGCUGCCCAGUGCUCAGCUCCGCAUAUGCGCUGGUGGACGCUGACGAUGUCUUUACCAAAGAGGAACAGAUUUUCCUGCUGCACCGCGCCCAGGCCCAGUGUGACAAGCUGCUCAAGGAAGUCCUGCGCACGGCAGCCAACAUAAUGGAUUCAGACAAGGGGUGGACACCAGCAUCCACAUUGGGGAAGCCCAGGAAAGAGAAGGCUUCGGGAAAGUUCUACACUGAAUCUAAAGAGAACAAGGAGGUGCCCACUGGUAGCAGGCGCCGAGGACGUCCCUGCCUGCCGGAGUGGGACAACAUCGUUUGCUGGCCACUAGGGGCACCAGGUGAAGUGGUGGCGGUGCCCUGUCCGGACUACAUUUAUGACUUCAAUCACAAAGGCCAUGCCUACAGACGCUGUGACCGCAAUGGCAGCUGGGAGGUGGUUCCCGGGCACAACCGAACAUGGGCCAACUACAGCGAGUGCCUCAAAUUCAUGACCAACGAGACUCGGGAACGGGAGGUAUUUGACCGCCUAGGCAUGAUCUACACCGUGGGAUACUCCAUGUCCCUCGCCUCCCUUACCGUGGCUGUGCUUAUCCUAGCCUAUUUUAGGCGGCUGCACUGCACGCGCAACUACAUCCACAUGCACAUGUUCCUGUCGUUUAUGCUGCGUGCCGCGAGCAUCUUCGUGAAGGACGCGGUGCUGUACUCUGGCUUCACGCUGGAUGAGGCCGAGCGCCUCACUGAGGAAGAGUUGCAUAUCAUCGCGCAGGUGCCGCCUCCGCCCGCCGCUGCUGCCGUUGGCUACGCUGGCUGCCGUGUGGCUGUGACCUUCUUCCUUUACUUCCUGGCCACCAACUACUACUGGAUUCUGGUGGAGGGGCUGUACUUGCACAGCCUCAUCUUCAUGGCCUUUUUCUCGGAGAAGAAGUACUUGUGGGGCUUCACCAUCUUUGGCUGGGGUCUUCCAGCUGUCUUCGUGGCUGUGUGGGUCGGUGUCAGAGCAACCUUGGCCAACACUGGGUGCUGGGACCUGAGCUCCGGGCACAAGAAGUGGAUCAUUCAGGUGCCCAUUCUGGCAUCUGUUGUGCUCAACUUCAUCCUCUUCAUCAACAUCAUCCGGGUGCUUGCCACUAAGCUUCGGGAGACCAAUGCAGGCCGAUGUGACACGAGGCAGCAGUACCGGAAGCUGCUCAGGUCCACGCUGGUCCUUGUGCCUCUCUUCGGUGUCCACUACACCGUCUUCAUGGCCUUGCCGUACACCGAGGUCUCAGGGACACUCUGGCAGAUCCAGAUGCACUAUGAGAUGCUCUUCAACUCCUUCCAGGGAUUUUUUGUCGCCAUCAUAUACUGUUUCUGCAAUGGUGAGGUACAAGCAGAAAUCAGGAAGUCUUGGAGCCGCUGGACACUGGCAUUGGACUUCAAGCGCAAAGCACGAAGUGGGAGUAGCAGCUAUAGCUAUGGCCCAAUGGUGUCUCACACAAGUGUGACCAAUGUAGGCCCCCGUGCAGGACUCAGCCUUCCCCUCAGCCCCCGCCUGCUGCCUGCCACCACCACCAACGGCCACUCCCAGUUGCCUGGCCAUGCCAAGCCAGGGGCUCCAACUGUUGAGAAUGAAACCAUACCAAUUACUAUGGGGGUUCCCAAGGACGAUGGAUUCCUCAAUGGCUCCUGCUCAGGCCUGGAUGAGGAGGCCUCUGGGGCUACACGACCACCUCCAUUGCUGCAGGAAGAGUGGGAAACAGUCAUGUGACUGGGAACCAGGGACUGGACUCCUGGCGUGGACAAAUGGAUAGAUGGACCAAAAGGCCAAUGGUUGGCUGGUUGUCCAUUCGGGACUGGAUCAGGAAGAAAAACAAAAGAAAAAAAAAAAAGAAAAAAAGGAAAA